AUGGAUCAAUCGCCAAACAUAUCGUCACCUUCACUCUCAUCAGAUAUCGUGCAGCACAUUCAAACAAUCAAUGAAUCAACGCGACGCAUCUACUUGACAUGUCUCACACCACCACCAUCACCUGCAACCGUGUCGUCAGCAUUUUCGACACCUAUUCUGGCGCCUCCGUCUCCGACUCGAUCAUGUCAAGUGACAUUUCGUAUUGCUGGAUCACAAUCAUCAAUUACCAAUGAUGUACCCACCAUCAAACGAUCUGAAGAAAAAGAGAAAUCAGACAAAUAA